GAAGAAAGUGACCAGUUUCCGACAGACGGCUGUACAGGUUAAAACUCAUAUGUUAAAAAACUGUGUUUUAUUGUAAUAGAAUCAUUUACGUCUAUUAUAUCGUACGGUUAAUUAAGUGUCAAUAUUAAAUAUAUGUUAUUAGAAUUAUUAUUACAAAUCAUAUUUUUGGUUUAAUGUUUAUAUUGUUUUCAAUUAUUUGUAAGAUUAGUAUAAACUGGAAAUGAAGACUUCAAGAUAAAUUUUUAACAAUUAAUUUUUUAAAGCAUAAUAACUAUGUCUAUGUCACAUAGAGUUCUUCUACAGGUGUUUUUGCUGAUCUGUUUGUCUUUUAAUGUUAUAUGCAUAAAAAAUUUGGAUCAGUCGAAACUUAUAGCAGAUAGACCUAAGAAUCAUAAGCCAACAUCAUUAUGGGAUUCCAGCUCAACAAAUUUAAAAUACAAGCAGACACAUAUUCCACCAUAUGCUGUAAAAAUGGAACCUUUAGUUCAUUAUUCACAGCAUGAUCCCCUUUAUACAAACUCUACUAAUGUAGCAUUAGACAAAGUAAUUCCUGAUAGCAGCGCAAAAGGUUCAGAACCUAGAAUAUCAACUGAUUACGGGCCACCCGGUACCAAUUAUGGUGUACCUUUUCAACAAGAUUAUUAUAAAGAACCAGAACCAAUUAUUGAGAUAAUAAUUAAAGAAUCAAAUGAGUCACUUCCAUUACCAGCUACUCCUCCUCCUACUCCUGUUACUCGGCCAUCAAAAGAACCAGUUCAAGUGUUUUAUGUAAAAUACAAGAAAAAUCCUAAUUCUUAUGGGAAUAAAGAAGAUGUUAUCUAUGAGGCACCAAUUCCAGCAAUAACUCCUAGUGCUGAAACAGAAAGUGAAACGACAUACGCAUCAGAAGUUGUGCCACAAUAUACAUACGCAACAGAAGCUCCAGCUCCUAGUACAACUUAUAGGACUAUUAUUAAGCCCGAUUCUGAAAUUUAUCAUGGAAGUGGCCUUAAAGUUACAUUUGGCAAAACUGAACAAAAAUGGAGCUCUACGUUAGACGAAGCUCAAAAAAGAGAUUCGAUUAGUGCACCGAGUGAAGAACAAAAUAAGCUUAAUACCUCUAUCAAGGAACAUAAAAGGAGUUAUAUUGAACCUAAUAUACAACAUACUGAGUAUCAGCGAAUUAAUAACUUUGCUUCAACACCACAAAAUUCUAAUCACCCUCUUCAAGGUAUUCAUCAUUUGAAAAAUAAUUUAGAUCAACCACAACAAUUUAAAAAAACUGAUUCAUUAGUUCAAAAUCUUUUUAGAGAUCAAAAUUCUCAUUCAAGAAUACAAGGUCAUGAAUCAUCAUUAAAACUGCAACAAAACAAUUUUGAAGGCAUUGUUGAACAAAGGCCGUUAGAAUUCAACGAAAACUACAAACAACAACAAUUUAAUCAACAUAACAUCCCAGCGUUUCAAUUAAAUCCACCACAAAUAUUCACAGGCGUUCCUCAAGAAAGAGUCGUCCAGCCAAGUAAAGAAAACCAGUUUAUAAAUAAACCUUUUGAAACUCAUCCAUAUUCCGAUCAAUCUUUUGAACACCAGCUCAAUCAAAAUAGACAUUUGGAACAACACUUGGUUCAAAAUAGACCAUUUGAACAGCAGCCACCACCUUUUGAGCAACCAUUUCAAAAUAAACCAGCUAUACAGCAGUCAGGUAAUAAUAGACCAUUCGAACACCAACUCAAUCAAAAUAGACCGUAUGAACAACAUUUGAUUCAAAAUAGACCAUUUGAACAACAGUUUGUCCAGAACAGACCUUUUGAACAGCUAUCUAUUCAAAAUAGACCUUUUGAUAAUCGUCAAAUACAAAAUCAUCCGAUUAUAAACCGGCCAUUUGAGAAUAAUCUAAAUAUAGAAAGACCAUUUGAAAACCGAACUCCUAAUCAAAAUAUUAUAAAUUAUAGACCACAUAGUCCUCCAACUAACUCUCCAAGUGUACCGCCAAAUUCGAAUAAUCCAUUUGUACCAAGUGAUAGACGUCCAUUACAACCACCACAAUUCGCAGGAAACUUUAAUAACCAACUUGUCGGAACAAAACAUUCAGUUGAAUUAAAGUUUCUUCCACAACAAUCAAAUUUUCCAUCAAUACAGCCACAGCAAUCUCAAAUAUUACUUCCGCAAUUUACACAGGGUCAAUUUCAGCAGCCACAAUUCCAACAACCACUUCAAAAAUUACAGUUUCAACAACCACAAUUUCUUCAACAACAAUUUAGACCUGAAGUUCGUAGACCUUUAAACAACAAUUCGCCGACUUUUACACAACAACAAACAGAAAAACAACAAUUUAAUCCAGAAAUCAAGACAGCUUUUACUCAAAUACAACAUCAAUUUAAUUCUGAUGCGAAGCCAACAUCAAGUCCACAAUUUCAAAUAACUCCUUCUAAUGAGUAUACUAUUGAUACUCAUCAGCAAUCAGUCCAAUCAGGACAAAUUAAUGAAAAUUUCAAGAAAUAUCAACAUAUGCAACCCGAACAAAACUCCUUUCGAACAAAUAGUACUUGGCAAAUAAUAAAUAGCCAUCAAAGUUCUCAAAAAGUUCAAGAUAAAGAAUUUAUUAGUCCAAGUACGAUGAAAAGUUCUAUAGAUUUUACACACAAAUCAGUUCUUAAAACUACUGAAAAAUCUAUAUUAUCACCUGUAACACCUCAAUAUAAAGACGUCACUACAAUUGGAACAUCACCUAAACCUGUUACUCAAGAAGUAAUUAAAGACGAAUCAAAGAAAACAGAUAGUAAAAAGGUUGCUGUACUUCCUGAUGAAGUCCCAGACGAAUUACGAGAACAAUUACUUUCUUCUGGCAUAUUAAGCAAUGCUGAUAUUCAAAUAUUAGAUUACGAUAAAGUUGGUGAUAUACCUAUAGAGAGUUUACCUCCUGAAGCUCUAGAAAAUUUAUAUGGUAGUCAAGGUCAAGCAAGUGAUCCAGUGCCAUCAAUAGCACUCCCUUUAAACAGCACUAAUGUUCAAAUGAAAAUUAUUAAAUAUGACCCAACAACUGAAGAAGGAAAAAAUAUUGAAAAUAAAUACAUGGACCGACCAAAAGCUCAUACACUUGAUCCAGUCGUUUUAAAUGACACCGGAUAUAAUAGAUUUUUACCACUUAAUAUUAAUGGUUCACAAUUUCCAAUACCAAACUCGCCGUUGUUGAAAAACAAGGCAAUCGGAAGUGUUGUUAUUCUAUCACCUGUAGCAUAUGACUUGUCAGAUGAACAGACUAGAUCGUCUAGAAAUACUGCUGUUCAAGUGAAAGGAGUUCAUUUUAUUGUAGGAGAUAUUGUAAAGAACCUUGUCAAGGACCCAAGCAGACGUAAUUUUGAGACAUGGUUACAGAAAGAGAAAAUGACACCAGCUAACGAACAAUCAGUAAUCCUGCUGGUUACUAAACCAUUAAAUAAAUUAAAUGGAAAAGAGAUUUACAUGUAUGAUGUGACACAUAAUCGGGUCAGCAAAUUAUCAGGCGAUUUGAGUGCGACUUUUGUAAAUGUUGCCGAGUCUAAUUCUCAGAGUCACGAUUUGGAUAAUUUAUCAUCUGACCAAGAAGUAGACGUCGUUGUGUCUGGAAAUAGAGCAAAAGAAGAUCCUCAGGUUGUAUCCGGUUACAGCAGGAUGAACAACUUCUCGAGUAAAAGGAGAAAUGCCACUAGCAAUAAUUAGACUGAUCUAAAAAAUAGAUUGUACUUAAAAAAUUAUUUAAUUAUAUGAUUAAUAGUAAAAGUGAAGUCGAUAAACAAAAUAUUUAAAACUCAAUUGUUUUUCAGCAAUUCUCAUUUAUGAAAAUAAUUGCUCUUCGUCUAUUUUGUAAUAUUAUUAAUUCUAAGCAAAAACGAUUAUAGUAUUAAAUAAGUAAAUUCUACCGAUGUUUUUUUAUGUGUUAAUUUAAAUAUAUUAACACGAAUAUUAUUAUAAUUUUAUAUGUUAAUAUAAAACAAAAUU